AUGGGCACUCUCUUUGCUCAUCAGAGCAUGCCACAUCAGAAGCGAGCUCCGGUUGGGUAUUUUGAGUACUCCCUCAACCACCCAUUCAGCUGUUCCGAGUCACAGCGCAAGGAUGCUAUCGGAUCUGCCACCUCCGCCACCAUCGACACCUUUAGCGAUUCUAGCUCCCAGCUAUCAUGGAAACCAACAGCAUGUCAAAGCUCUACUCAAACUACUCCUGAGUCGAUCAGGUCCUACGGCAACCCCAGCCAGGCUGGUAUAGCAUGCCUGGGAGUUCUGCAAGAAACUGUCCCUUCCGUCGAUGUACCUUCUUGGCGCGAGGGGGUGGAGAAGGAAAGCCAGGCACCUGGUUUCAUCCUUCCACCCUCUCAGCGACAGAAUUGUCGACGAACAGGUCUCAGUAGCAGAGGUGCUGAUGCCAGACAUAUCUCUCCGCCCCCGACGCUGGUGCGGCAACCUGAAAGGAGGCAAUGCUUUGUGAGCUCUCUGGUGAUCUUUGCUGCAGGCUUGAUAGCAGCAGUAUGGCCGCUUUCUGCACCUGUUUUACAUGACACCAGCUAUGCCCACAAUGUACUGCCUCUUCAAGACUUCAUCACCGAGACGUUGCGUAGGUCGAAGACCAGCUACUCGACCCUUCAGGUGGCCAUGUACUAUCUCGUCCUGCUCAAGGCACAUCUUCCGAAAUGCGAUUUCACGCAAGAGCAGUCCUGCGUCGCGGCUGAUCGUCGGGCCAUGCAAUGCGGACGGCGGAUGUUCCUCUCAGCGUUGAUGCUUGCAUCCAAGUUUUUGCAAGACAGGAACUAUUCCACUCGAGCGUGGGGGAAGAUCACUGGUUUGCCAACCUCUGAAAUCAACACCAACGAGCUCAAAUUCCUGGAAGCUGUUAACUGGAAGCUCCAUGUCAGCAAGGAAAAGUUUGAGCGUUGGAGUCAUGCAGUCAUUGCUCUAAGCUCACCACCCAGGCCUGGCAUCUCACCUACUCCGCAACCUAGCUUGGUGGAGACGGUUGGCUGGAGCGCCGUCCUCGAACGAUUGACCCCCGAUUCUCUCGAUGACUUUUCACAGUUCCGAAACGGGUCGGCAAUACUGAAAAAUCCAUGCUACCCAACUGACCUUAAUGGCAUGCUUACGCCCCCAACUUCGCCACCAGAAUCCACCACUUCCGAUCAGGAAGAGCCAUCCGAUGGUGCAGAAGUCAAGGACGAUGCCUUCCAUAUCGCAGCAUCCAACGGGGUGACUUCUACUUAUCCCAUCCUUCCCCCGGCGCCAUGUCAGCAGAACUUGCCCACGCCUAGGAGUACUCCACGGCUGUCCAAAUCCCUAUCUUCAUCACGAGCGGCUCGAGGGACUGCUCGUUGCCCUGAAUCAUCGUCAGCACUGGCUAUGCUCAAGCUGUGCGCUCGACCCGCGAAUCGAACACUCUGUCCACCACCCACUCAAAGACCAUGCCCGCGAGCCGAUGCAGCUAGCCGACCUUCAAUCAGCCGCAGAUCGUCUAUCUCCAGCUCUACCUCCGACUCUUCGUCGCCCGAGUCGGUGCGAUCCGAUCUUUCUGGCUUCCCCGGUCGAUCACGAUCCUCAUCCAUCUCGUCCGUGGCAUCUUCUGUUUUGGCAUCAUUUCAAAGUGCGAACACGCUGGACUUGGUGUCGAAUGACGCGCAGCUACCAUGCCACCUCCAACAACAUAUCAACCCUUCUAAGGUCGACUGCAGCUCGACGCUUAGACCAGAGGAAUAUAGCGCAGCAGAUGCUCUGCUUCGAUUCCACGAGUUCCGCCAAAGGGAAGCGAAACAAGAGGAAGCAAGUAAGCCAGUCAGUGAUUCGAUGCAGAGCGACUUGACUCAGUUCUCCAACCAUCAAUUAACUGAAUGUACUAGCUAUCAGGAGAAGGAGAAGAAGAAGAAGAAGAAGCGGACGCACUCCAAGACCAACAUAUCCGACCUCUUAAAUAUCCCUGAAGAUGAUCUACAGUCCUUGGUUCGAAAGGAAUUGAUGACCUCCGGCGGUGAGGUCGAACCUCUUGUCACGUGCGAUGAUGAUGCCGCCAAUAACACCCUGGGAAGACAGUGCAAACGCAACCGAUCCAUCAAAGGGCAGUCGUCAGCUGUCGACCAUACACGAAUGCUGAUGAAGGAGAAGAACAAAGAGAAGCGAACAUUUUCCAGCAAGUGCCGCAUCUCACACUCGGAGAACAGACAAGCAUUAGCGGGAUUUGCUGGUAGGACCUGA